AUGUGGAGUCCCUCGCAUGGUUCCUCAAUGAAUAAGCACCUGACUUUGGAGGACGACAUGGAUCCAUUUGACGUAGAGAGCCGUUCAGCCCUUUUGCAGAAUUCUAUGGAGGAUCAGAUUUCAAAUCCAUCCUGGAAGCUUUCCUUCCCGCAUGUUCUGGUGGCAACAAUUGUUUCAUUUUUGUUUGGCUACCAUCUUGGAGUAGUAAAUGAGCCUCUUGAAAGCAUUGCUGCAGAGCUUGGUUUCAAUGGAAAUACAUUGGCUGAAGGUCUCGUUGUUAGUACAUGCCUGGCUGGUGCAUUUCUUGGCUCUCUGAGUAGUGGCUGGAUUGCUGAUGGAGUUGGGCGUCGCAGGGCGUUUCAGUUGUGUGCAAUUCCUAUGUUUGUUGGUGCCAUUCUAUGUGCUACUGCUACAACUUUGGCUGGAAUGCUUGUAGGGAGGUUCUUAGUUGGAACAGGGCUAGGGGUGGGUCCUGCUGUUGCAUCUCUUUAUGUGACAGAGGUUUCUCCUGCUCACGUGAGGGGUACUUAUGGGAGCUUUAUCCAGAUUGCUACGUGCCUUGGACUGAUGGCAGCUCUAGUAGUUGGAAUUCCAGUGAAGGAUAUUUCCGGCUGGUGGAGGUAUUGUUUCUGGAUAUCUACAAUACCAGCAGCAUUACUUGCUAUUGGGAUGGUGUUUUGUGUUGAAUCUCCCCAUUGGCUGUACAAGCAAGGCCGAAUAUCUGAAGCUGAAAUUGAGUUUGAGAGACUUCUUGGGGAUUCACAUGUGAAAACCGCAAUGGCUGAGCUGGCAAAAUUAGAUAGAGGAGAUGAAAGUGCGAAUGAAAAAUUUACAGAACUUCUCAUUGGUCGGCAUUCUAGAGUUGUUUUUAUUGGAUCAAGCCUAUUUGCUUUACAACAGCUCUCUGGAAUAAACGCUGUGUUUUAUUUCUCUUCAACUGUAUUUAGACGAGCUGGAGUAUCCUCGAACGUGGCAAAUGUCUUUGUAGGAAUUUCAAAUUUAAUAGGAUCUGUUAUCGCGCUGGCAUUGAUGGACAAGCUGGGAAGAAGAGUUCUUCUUCUGUGGAGUUUCUUUGGCAUGGCAGCAGCUAUGGCUCUUCAAGUUUUCGCAGCAAGUUUGCCUGCCCUAAAUUCUGGAGCUUUUUAUUUCUCUGUUGCAGGCAUGCUAAUGUUUGUCUUGACAUUUGCGGUUGGAGCUGGUCCAGUUCCCGGUCUUCUAAUCCCAGAAUUGCUACCAAGCCUAAUUAGGGCAAAAGCCAUGGCCUUUUGUAUGUCAGUGCAUUGGGUCUUGAACUUCUUUGUUGGCUUGAUGUUCUUGCGUUUACUUGAACUUUUUGGGCCACAGCUGCUGUACUCGUUUUUUGGUACCUUCUGCCUGAUGGCAGUGGUUUUUGUGAAAAGAAACGUUGUGGAAACUAAAGGAAAAUCACUUCAGGAAAUUGAGAUAGCUCUUCUUGCAGAAUGGUACUAUGGACCAACAGUUCAGACUCGCUGCUGCAGGGACUUGAGAGACUUGGCAGCAAAGUCACUUCUGCUGGAAUUUUUGGGUGCAAUCUUUCCGGCUGAUGGUCCAGUGUUUCUCAGCUUAUUGCUAUGGACAACACCUGGUGCACUGAUAAUUGUAUACUACUCAUCUUAUGAUAGUUUAGGAUGGAAAGGAUGUAUUUGUUAG